AUGCCUCGAAGCAAGGCAGACGCAACACUUUCUGAGCAGUUGAAGGAGUUCUACAGAUCCUUCUUCAAAGAUCCAAACUUCAAGCUCGAGAGGUUUCAUCAACUGGCCAGGAAGAAACACAUUCCUGCUGCGAUGGUUUCUCAAGCCCUCGAAAAAAAGAAGGCACCGUGUCUCUUUACCUUCUUGAACUUCAAACCCAAUGAGAGUUCUUUCAAAGCGGAGGAUGUCAAGGACGAACACAACUGUCAGCUGAUUCUCAAGCUCCUCGCGACGAUCGGACUGACAGUGCCUUCAACUCCCCAUGUGUCAAGGGCACUGGCGGUUGUAGCGAAGGAAGAGGAUUUGCUGGGGGCAUGGUCGGACCAGGAAGCUGACCUUCACAGGGGGCUGAUGCAGUAUGCCAUCCGCCGGACUGGUCGCAACCCCGAUUCGAGGAGUUGGGAUGCCAACAUGUCGAAAAUCAAAGGCAUGGUCAAAGAGCUGCAGAAGGCACGACGUCAUCCGAAUCCGAAAGUGAACUUGGAGAGGGUCACAGUGAGCACCCAGCCGAAGAAGAAAGCCUCACAAACGAUGAGUGUGUGCCCUGGGGAUCCAGCUGGCGGUCAACACCCAGAUGCCGGUAAGCCAGAGAUCCCGAAGGAAUUGGGCGUGUUCUUCACUUUGUGGCCAUGUGUCCAGCAGAAGAUGCGACAAGCUGCAGCAUCUUUCCAGCCUGCUGCUGGCCCAGCACCUGGCGAUGCGCCGAAGGCAUCCAGGGGAAAGGGCAAGGGCAGAGGUAAAGGGAAAGGUAGAAAACAAAAGGGUUCGGAGGAUGAAGGCAAGGAAGGCAAGGACGAAGAAGAACAGGAGAAUAGUGCCGACGGCAGCGAUGCCGACUUAGAGGAAGAGGACCAGGAGAUUCGAAAGGAGUUGUCAGAAAGUGAGGAAAACAAAGGUGAAGGGAAGACAGAAAGGAAGACACCCAAGCGAUCCAGGUCAUUCACCCUGGCGCCCUUGACUUCCAAGGGCCCUAGCAUUGGGGUCUUGCCACUGGCCGGAUCACUGGUGAGUUCAGAUCUGAAUAUGUGUCAAUCCAUCGAGGGCAUCAGUUACACUUUCCUGGGCAAAGCAUGGUGGAAUUGGCGAGUCGCCGGGGUCUCGGACUUGAGUUGGGCAGGGCAGGAUGUUUCUCCGGACUUGGAUGACUACCCGCCCAAACCACCUGGCCUCCCAAAUUGUUCUGCAUUUGGUCCACAAGAGCUCAAUAUUCCUGUGAGGCUAGAAUCUUUGGAUCUUCGUGGCAAGGACAGGUUCCAUGCCAUAGACUACGUCGACCAGAUCUCUUCCCAGAGCAGCGCUGUGAACCGCCGUGCCAAGUCCUUGGUUAAAGCAUGGCAUAUUAUUUCAUCGAUCGUGGUUCUACUUUUGGAAGAAUUGAUCAAGCCACCCCAUCACAGAGAUGUGGACUGCCUGGAUGCCUUUUGUGGCAAAGGAAGGUUGGAUUUCGAUAUUUUGCGACAAGGGCAGGACAACGAUAUUACCACUACGCUGUCAAAUGGCAAGCGGCCCAAUUUCAAAUCUUCCUCCCUGGCGACAAAGGCAUGGCUACCUGAAGUUGAUACAGCAGGAUCGGAUGUCGGACGGCACUGGUCCUCAUCAUCCUACUAUGCCGCGCAGCAUACAUAUUUGUGGAGCAGCCACAAAGCUCUAAGCUCUUUAUGGAUGCCCUUGAAGCUUCGGAAAAAGCUAGGGUUGUCUAGUGCUGGAGUGACAGUCAAGAAAGUCAACAAGGAUGGCAAACGUACAGUGUCAGGUGGCCCACGCUUGCGACAGAGCGAGGAAUACCCAAAGGGUUUCGGACGUGCUCUGGCAAUUCGACAUGUCUUCGGGAAGGAUGACCUGCCACCUCCAAAUGAUUGGAGCCAUGCCAACUUAGAACCGUUGCAGCAGUUCCUGAGAGAACAGGCUGCAGCAGGUGAGACACAAGACUUACCUGACACGCUUCCAGCGACCGACAUGGAGGUUCAAAACGCGUUGACAGGCAAGGGAGAGAAGGGCUCUAAGAAGGAAGAAGCAAAGGAAAAGAAAGGAAAGAAGGAAGCCAAAGGAAAGCAUAAGAAGACGAAAGAGGCUAAAGGAAAGAAGGCACAUAAGUCGAAGAAGAGCAAGAAGACGAAAGUCUUGAAGAAAGGAAAGACGUCUAAGGGGUCGAAGUUGAAGGGAAAGUCAAGCAAGGCUUCUGUCAAGAAGGGGAAAGAUGGACUUGCCAAAAGAGACUUGCAGAAAGAAUUCGACAGAGCAGCUUUGACAGAGCAAGUGCCAGCCACUCAGCCAGACAAGAGUUCAGACGAGGAAGGGGAUCACGGACAUGGACCACGACCCAAUUUGGUUGGCUACGUCUACUACUCUGCAAAAGACCAGUGGCAGUUGAAACUUCAAAAGCUCAUGGUCGGGGAGGACUACAAGCAGUGCAUUGUGGAGGCGGGUGGCUACAUACUCUUUUUCGAGGACGAGAACUGUGUGCUGAGCCAUCUUCCUGACCGCACCCAAUUUCCAUUGCGUGUCUUCAGGGAACCUGUGCAGGCACAGGCUUAUGCCCAGAUUCGCGCUUCGGAAAAGGAACAGGAAGAUGCAAAACGACAGAAGCAGGCAGAGACUUUAGCAGCGCAGAAAAAAGUUGAAGAUGAGAAGAUCUCGCAGAGCGUCGCUGAAGAACUUGCAGACAUAGAAAAGAACGCAGCAAAGGCAGCUGAAAAACUUGCAGAGCAAAAGGCUGCUGCAAAGAAGUUGCUUGAAGAACAGGAGAGGAAGAAGAGAGAGAUGGUCGAGCAACUGGUGGCGAAAGAGAUGGCAGAACGAAAGAUGGCUGAAGAGAAGGCAAAAGCGGCAGCACAGCAGAAGAUGGUUGAAGAGGCAAAGAUCGCAGAAGAAGUCGCGAGGAAGCUCGCAGAGCAGAAGGCCGCAGAAGAUGAGAAGAAAGCCUUGAAGGAACUUGAGGAACGACAGGAGGCUGAAAAGAUGGCACAAGAGCAGAAGGCAGAGAAGGAAAAGGCAGCGAUAGCCCAAGAAGACAACAAAGACGCAGCUCGCAGGAUUGAAGAACCGAAGAAAACAGAGGAGGAGGAGGAUAUCGCACUCAAAGUGGCACAGAUGUUGGAAACGGAGAACUUUUCUGACAACCAGCAGAGAUACACAAAGAUUGUAGAGUUAGUGCGAAAGGCCAAGGGGAUGAUGGGUGAAGAUACGGAACAGGAGAAGAAGGAGGAGGAAAGGAAAGCUGUGGAAGAACUCCUCUUGCGACCUGCAACGAUGGAUUUGACUACUCCACCGGCCACACCUCUGCCUGCACCGUCACCUAUGCCCGCACCAUCGACGUCACUUCCGGAUACCCCCUUGCCACCCGGCGAGGAAGAGGCUGAGAAGUUAAAGGCCGCGGCUUUGGAAAGACAUAAGAAAAGAAAUGCGCAGUGGGGCACGGCAAAAAAGACACCGGAUGACAUCAAGGAGCUUGGACAGAAAGCAAUUAAGCAGAAAGAAAAGACAGGUGACUCCAGCGCGCUUCACGAACUCUUCGAAGAGUGGAUCACUUCGGGUGAAGAGUGGCGGAAAUCGCAGCUGUUUAUCCGCAUCCAAAACAACAACGGGACGAUUGACAGUGAUGCCCGGGGCUGGGUUUCCGUAGCAGAGUUGGAAGCCAAGCUGGGACCAGCAGGUGCUGAUUCCAUGAUUACUUUCUUGGAAGCCACCGCCCCGGAAAAGUGCCGAGAUCACCCUGAUGCCCCGGGGGUCAAGGAGUGUCGACAAUACAAUGUGCUGAUCAAAGACGAGAUGGAAAAACGAAAGGAAGAUUGGGUGACAAAGACUAUGGAGUGCAAAGACGGCAGCUCUUCAGACUCUAGCUCUGAAGGCCCAAAGAGAAAGUCAAAGGGAAAGAAGGCACCAAUGGGGGUGGUAUCUGCAGAUCAUUUUUUAAAGCCAUGA